UGGUCAAAAUAAAAUCAUUUCCAUAAAGUUCUCAGCACAGUCCUUCUCAUUUUACACACAAGGAAAAGAAGGCUGCGAAGAUGUAUGCAACUGAUUUGUUUGGGGCUAGAGUGCCGGUCUGUCAGUCCUUCAAAUUUAGUGUUUUCCCCCAGUAUACAUUGCAUUGAAUGGUAAUGGCUAACACUGAGUUCGGUGCUUAGCAAACAGGCCAUUCAUUAAACAUAGACAGACUCAUUGCCUGUUAUUUCUCUUUUGGGGGCCAGAGAAAUUGUGACCUUGGUGGCUCACUCACUUGCCACUUGCCACGUCCUCAGGGAAGGAUGUAGAUGGCAUUGAGGGAAACCGACUAUACCUCCUUCACCCCCACCUCCCUGCCUUCAUCAGCUAAGUUGCUAUGGGCACAAGCCCAGGAAGGGCAGGGGGCUGUUACAAACUUCAAACAUGAAGAGUCUGAGCAUGUAUAAACAGCAAAGGAAGAAACGAAAUUCACUGCGUCCUCUAAGCCUGUCCCCACAGCAUGUUGGAGGAGGGUCGCGGGGGACAUGGAAGAGGAGGAGCUUUGGAGAGAGGAUGCUUGUGCUUCCCCGGCUUUUCUUGGUAUUUCUAUCUGGGGGUUGGAGCUUCAUCACAUUUGGUUCCUGGCUGACUUUAUAUACUAAAAAAUAACUCCCUUUUGCCUGACCAUGGAGAGGGACUGCCAGGGGUGAGGGCAGCCCUGUCUGAGGCCAGAGGUCUGCCCACGUGGCGGAUGAGGCAGGUGUGAGGCCAGCUUGAGCAUAUGGACCCAUUUGUCUCGGGCUGCUGGCUGCCUGCCAUUUCCUCCUCUCCACCCUUAUUUGGAGGCCCUGACAGCUGAGCCACAAACAAACCAGGGGAGCUGGGCACCAGCCAAGCGUCACCCUCUGUCUCCCCGCAUGGGUACCAGCGUCGAGGAGAAAGAAUCCUGAGGCACGGUGCUCCCAGGUCAGACCAGAGCUAAUCCCAUGUACAAUGCCGUGUCCAACGCAGACCUGAUGGAUUUCAAGAAUUUGCUGGACCAUUUGGAAGAAAAGAUGCCUUUAGAAGAUGAGAUCGUGCCCCCACAAGUGCUCAGAGAGCAGAAUGAAGAAGCGGGGGCUGCUCUCAGCCCCCUCCCUGAGGUGCCUCCCUGGACCGGGGACGUCAGCCCAGCCCAGAGAGAUGGGGGUGCCCUCGGGCAGGGCCCCUGGGACUCCUCCGAUCGAUCUGCCCUCUUAAAAAGCAAGCUGAGGGCACUGCUCACUGCCCCUCGGAGCCUGCGGAGAUCCAGCUGCUUCGGGGGCAGGAUGGACAGGAUUGGAGCCCAGAGCGGACUGGGCUGUAACAGCUUCCGGUACCGAAGAUAACAGCCAGGGAGCACAAGGAGGGCUGGGCCUUGGGACAGACGGCAAGAGGUUCCUGCCCGCUGGGGUCUCUCUUGCAUUCGUGUCAUCUCGUUGUCAUGGAGUUGUGAUCAUCCCAUCCAAGCUGCAGCUUCCUGUCAACACUUCUCACAUCUUACGCUAACUGUAGAUAAAGUGGUGUGAUGGUGGCUUCCUCGCCUCUCCCACCCCAUGCAUUAAAUUUUAAGGUAGAACCUCACCUGUUACUGAAAGUGGUUUGAAAGUGAAUAAACUUCAGCACCAUGGACAGAAGACAAA